AUGAAGAUUGAAAAUCAAACUUUGAAUCCAGAAUUUCAUUUCCAACCAUUCACAACCAUCCCAGAGAUGAAAUGGCUGCUCUUCUGGGCUUUUCUUAUUCUCUACUUGCUCAGCCUACUUGGGAAUGGGUCCGUUGCUUUCAUCAUUUACACUGUAAGCUCUCUCCAUAAACCAAUGUAUUUUUUCUUGGCUAACCUGGCAUUUCUGGAGGUUGGCUACUCUUGUACCAUUGCCCCCUUAACUUUGGCUAAUCUUGCUUCAGUGAAAAAGCUCCCCAUUUCUUUGAGUGGGUGUGGCACCCAUUUUUUUUUUACUGUACUGGGGGGCUCAGAUUGCAUCCUGCUGACUAUCAUGGCUUAUGAUCGAUGCAUGGCAAUUUGUCGCCCACUAAGCUACCCUCUCAUUAUGACCUGGAGAAUUUGUGUGAGUCUUGUAGUUGGGGUAGUGGCUAUGUGUGGGCUCUUUGCUUUACUAUGGAGUUUCCUCAUAAUGACCCUCACUUUCUGUGGCAAUGAUAUGCCAAUCAGAAUUUUUUAUUGUGAUUAUCUUGCUCUAAUGAAAGUGGCAUGUAGAGACACCCAUCGCCAACAACUUGGCCUUUAUAUUACAACUACUGUUCUCGUGACUGUCCCUGUCACACUAAUCUUCCUGUCCUAUGUCUUCAUCACAGUCACCAUCCUAUGCAUCCCUUCUGCCUUGGGGCGUCAACGAGCUUUCUCUACUUGUUCCUCCCAUGUAAUGGUUGUCGUUAUGCAGUAUAGCUGUAGCAGUUUAAUAUUCCUAUUCCCUGUUUCCUGGUUCUCAGCGGAACAAGUUCGGGUGAUGUCUGUCGUCUACACUUUCGUCACACCUGUAUUAAACCCCUUGAUUUACAGCAUUAGGAGCAAAGAGUUAAAAGAGGCAAUGAAUAGGUCCUUCAGAAAAAUAAUGCUGCCUCAGAAGAAAUGA